CUAGCUUUCCCACAUAAAGUGUGGAUAUAAACCAUCUCGGAAGAGAAUUCGAGGAAUACCCACAAGAUGGGUUUACGGAGCUACCAUGUAGAGGACAACAAUCUUUGCUUUCAAGCUCCAAAUUUCAUUGAAUGGCUCAAGCCAUCUUCGACCUCUCCUUCUCCUUCUUCUUCUUCUUCUUCUUCUUCUCUUUCUUCUGUAAGUACUCAACAAGUUCAGCUCACAAAUCCCAUGAGCAUACUGAAACUUGCAAGCUUUUUCCCACCUCAACAGCAAGAAUCAACGAAAGAGACAAUUCAAUGCUUGCCUCUUCUAAACAGGUUAACAGAGAAGAAGACAUUAAAAGAGGAAGAAGAUAUGGAAAUGCAAGAGAGUACUGUUGGAGUUAAAGAAGAGAAGAUAGAGAAGGUCACAGUGGCUUUGCACAUUGGAUUGCCUAACAGUGGAGAUUCUGGAGUUGAGACUGGGGUUUUUGACAUUAAGGAAGAAAUAUCCAUGAAGAAAAACUUUCAAGGAUAUUCUUUCAACUCAGAGAGUAGGUUUUGGAUCCCAACUCCUGCACAGAUCCUAGUCGGGCCCAUGCAAUUUUCUUGCUCUAUAUGCAGCAAGACCUUCAAUAGGUACAAUAACAUGCAGAUGCAUAUGUGGGGGCAUGGGUCCGAAUUUAGAAAGGGACCAGACUCACUUAAAGGAACACAACCAGCAGCAAUGCUGAGGCUACCAUGCUAUUGCUGUGCACAGGGGUGCAAGAACAACAUCAACCAUCCAAGAGCUAAACCAUUGAAGGACUUCAGGACCCUUCAAACCCAUUACAAAAGAAAGCAUGGUGCCAAGCCAUUUAUGUGUCGAAAAUGCAGCAAAGCAUUUGCCGUUAAGGGGGAUUGGAGAACCCAUGAAAAGAAUUGUGGUAAGUUAUGGUAUUGCACUUGUGGUUCUGAUUUCAAGCACAAAAGAUCACUCAAGGAUCACAUUAGGUCUUUUGGCCAAGGCCAUUCUCCUCACCCAUCUCUUGAAGGUUUUGAAGAUGAGAAGGAAUGCAUCACCGGAUCCGAAGAUGAAUUUGCUCAUUAGGGUGCGAAAAAAAAAACACUGGAGGCUUUUUUUCGUUUUUCUGCUUGAUUUGGUGUUUAAGAAAUUGUUAGCCCUAGCUAGCUACUAGGCUUAUCUAAGCUUGUGCUCAGUAACAAAAAAUUCUCAAGAACAUGCAUGAGGCACACAAGGGAGCGGUUUGCUACAGAGCACUUGCUGGGCGAUGAGCAUUAAUAACUUUAGACAAUUUGCAAUGUAAUAAAUGGAUUGCCUCAAGUGGUGAAGUGGAUGAAUUUUCGUCUCUUGGAGAUCACACAAAUUAAGUUGCUAUGGUGAAGCCUCUGUUGGCAUCACUCUAAUGGAGAAAAUUUGUCGACUUCAUUGCUGGCCUGGCUAUAUUGUAAUCUUAAUCUGAACAUGGGUUCACUCAUUUGGGCAAAUGAGAGGGCAUCGGAGUCAUCUUUGUUGAUUUUAUUGUUGUUUGUCUUCUUGCUACGUUGUAUAUGGUUAAUCUAAUCUGCAUUGAGUUUC